AUGGUUAAGAGAGGCCCUACAGUUGGAGGUAAUGGUGGUGGUCCGUUCGAGCUCUUGGAUGGUAAUACGCCCGUGGAACAAGUGGACGUAUGGUACGGUAGUGGCAGUGCUCCCGUGGAGCAAUAUACUAUCCUGAAGGGUAUUCAAGUCAGAUGGGCAGGGGGUAAGCUUUCACCCCCUGUCGGAUCUUGCCCCCAAGGAGAACAGGAGAGGAUUCUACAUACCAGUUUUGACUUCGAGCACAAUGGCAAUGAUCCCCUUGACUGGAUGGAUUUAUACGGGUCAGAUAGCCGUGCUGAUUCACUGAGAUUGGUGACUCGUCAAGACAAGGACUUCUUCGAGGCCGGAGGAAUCGGUGGUACCAAAUCCAGUCAACCUGCGCCAGGAAGAAAGCUAUAUGGGUUCUACGGAAGGGCAGGACAUGAUAUUGAUCAGCUAGGCGCGAUCUUCAGUGAUUAA